CAGAGGAUAAUGACCCUUUACAUAAUUGAAGAGAAUAUAAUAAUGUCGCACAUAUAAAUUCAGGAGAGAGAUAGAGAGAGAGACAGCGACAGAGAUUUCAUGGCUACAUCGAAGCUUCAAGCUCUAUGGAAUCAUCCUGCUGGCCCUAAAACAAUUCAUUUUUGGGCACCGACUUUUAAGUGGGGAAUAAGCAUAGCUAAUAUUGCUGAUUUUGCUAAACCACCAGAGAAUAUUUCAUAUCCUCAGCAAAUAGCGGUUACAGCAACAGGAGUUAUCUGGUCGCGCUAUAGUACUGUAAUUACACCGAAAAAUUGGAACCUUUUUAGUGUGAAUGUUGCAAUGUUCGGGACUGGUGUCUAUCAACUAUCUCGAAAAAUACGGCAUGACUACUUUACAAAGGAAGAAGCUGAAGAAGCUGCCGUUGCUAAAGAAUGAUUACAAAAAACUGUCAUUUGUGCUCUACAGUAGUGGAUUCAUUUUGGCUUAUCUAUCAAAACUCCUGGAUUCACUGGCUCUUACACUUGUAAUUGUUUUACCAUUUCAAGCUGGUGAACCUUUUACAUUUGCAAUUUCUUUCAAUUAUCAAAUCGGUUUUACGUGAAGAAGAUAUCACGAAUUCAAUGGACCCAAUAUUCUGGAUAUAAGAAGUUGUGAUAUUCAGCAAAGAAUGAUAUUUAUUUGAUGUA